AAAAAUACCUUUAUCAAAUAAUAGACUGAAGAUUGGUAUUGAUUGGUAUACAAUGAAUAAUAUUUUAUAAAAAGAAAGUACGAUACAAGUUAAUGUAAAUGGAGGAUAACGAACAUGAGAUAACAAGACUACAAGAGCUGUUCAGAGGACGAUUUACGUUUCAGGAAACACAGUCACUUUUCAACCAUUUCCAUGGAGAUUGUCUGGCAGCUGCUAAUUUUGUCAUCGAUGAAGAACCACAAAGAGUCAGAGAUGUUAUUGGCACCGAAAAUGAAACGUGGCAAAUUGUUGCAAAUAACCACAAUUGGAACAACCUUGUGCGACAAGGAAUUAUCCCAAAACAGGAGAGACAGUUUGCAUGCGGACCAUGUGAUAACGUUUGGUGGAGAAAAGUUCCAAGUCGAAAGCUGGUAUCAACAUGUAUGCUGUGUAAUACAAGAUAUGAAGCUGUACCAAAAGAAUAUGAAUGGGGAAGAGCAAAAUAUCGUUGCCAAUUUUGUGGAAAUGUCUUUAUAGGAUUUGGACAAAUGGGAAUCGCUUCUAGUUUGUGUUACAGAUGUCAAACUGCUUGUGCUCCAUUGGAAAUCCUACCAGGACGACAAAGAACUGAAGGAACCCCAUCGAGAAAUGUCCAUUCAUGUCUUUGUCAUAGUUGUUUUAAUCGUGCAGAUGGACAUAUUAUAGAAGCAUCCUGUGUGCAUCCUCGAUCAUUGGAAAGGCAGGUAGUUUAUGCUAGCCUUCAACACUUCAGUAGUGGAUCCACAGUUGAUACUUUCUUAACACAAGAUGACCUGGCGUCCCUGGCUUCAGAUUUUGAACCAACUUUAUCAGAUAUUGAUGAAUAAUCGAGCACCAGAUGAAAGAUAGAAAAUAAAUGUUAAAAGCAUC